AUGCCCGGUCCCGGCGACCAGCACAGCGGCAUUGCCAAUCCUUUCGAGGAAGCCAAACCGCGCAUAUCCGAGUACACCGCUGUCCAAAUCGCGACAUUGCAGUCGCGACUGGAGAAGCAGUUGGGACCCGAAUACCUGUCAUCACGCAAGGGACCUGGCGGCCAGAAAGUCCACUACAUCGCCGCUGAUAAAUGUAUCGCCCUCGCCAACGAUGUCUUCGGCUUUAACGGAUGGUCCUCCAGCAUUCAAAACAUUCAAGUCGACUUCGUAGACGAAAACCCUCAGACUCUGAAGAUCUCGCUCGGUCUUUCCGUCAUUGUUCGUGUCACUCUGCGAGAUGGCACCUAUCACGAGGAUAUUGGUUAUGGACACAUGGAGAACAGCCCGGGAAAGGCCGGUGCCUUCGAGAAGGCGAAGAAGGAGGGAACCACUGAUGCGCUGAAGCGCACCCUUCGGAAUUUUGGCAACGUGCUGGGCAAUUGCAUUUACGACAAGGACUACUUGGCCAAGGUCACCAAGAUCAAGACCGCUCCGACUAGAUUCGACGAGGAUAACCUGCACCGACAUGCGGAUUUCGUCAAGAAGGAGCAGGCCGUCGUGAAGGCCGAGCCAAAGAACUUGGCGGAGCAGAAUGGCGACACGACCGGUUCGCUUGUAUCGGCGGCUAUGCUGGAAGAUGAGUUUGGAGACGACUUUGACAUGGCUGAUUUCGGCGUCACGGAAGAUGGUCACCCUGACGAGGUGGUCUUAUCUGGUUCUCAUGAACAUGGAGUGAAUUCAAGCGAGAAGUCUCAAGCUUUGCCCGCUGGUAAUGCCAGUCGAUCAUCCACAAGUGGUGCUCCUGCUCCGAGACCAAUGCAACCGCCGUCUAGACCUAACGCACAGCCGCCUCGACCACCUCAAACUCCUAACCAACCUCAGCAUCGGCCGGCACCGUCUUUCCAGAGCCGUUCUAAUCCACAACAACCCCAGCAGCAACAGCCUCGGCCGCCCAGUCACGUCAACAAUACGGCUCAGCAAGCAGCUACGGCUCGCAGAACGAACACACCGCCUCCCAACGUCCAGAAGCCGCCGAAUGGAACAACUGCGGCGAACGCACAGCAUGCACCGAACGGUGCACCUGCUGAACCAGUCGCAUUCUUCUCAGCUCGGGCAGUCAAAGAUGUACCGGAGGAUGUAGAUCCGGGUACUGUAGUCAUCGCGGACAAGGGAGCCAAAGUAUUCAACCCCCACGCCGAGAGCCCUUCCAUCCGGAAGACACCCGGCAUCGAUCACAAAUCCUCGAAACCUCUGGCUAGAAAUGGACAGCAUGUCCAACCAGUUAAGAAAGAUGAGGAAGAGCAACGGACUCCGACUGCUAAUGGCCAGUCAAACGGAGCCGAUUCAGGACCUGGAAGGGCGGGCAUGGCGAACCCGGCAUUGACGCACGCCCGGCAGAUCGGUGCCCCCGGAGGCGGAGGCAGUCCGCUCGGCAACAGAGGACAGUACAAGCCACCGACGAUGAAGCGACCUGCUCCCAAUGGUCCCGACGGCGGAAAUAGGGCUCCGCUGACCGAGGUGUCGGCUAAUGGAGUGACGAACAACGGUGCUGGCCCGGGAGGACUGGAUGCCAAGAGACAGAGGAUGGCGUGA